AUGGCUUUCGACUACGUUAUCGCCGGCGGAGGACUGGCAGGGCUCGUCAUUGCCAACCGCUUGUCUGAGAAUCCCAGUAUCAACGUCGCCGUCGUCGAGCCAGGCCGCGACGUGCGCGACGAUGCCGACGUUCUCAACGUGGACUUGGCUGGCGUUACCUACAGCCCCGACCUGGAUUGGAAGUUCAAAUCCAUAGCCCAGCCUCAGCUAGGCGGCAGGGUCAUUGACCAUCCCGCAGGCAAAGCACUGGGCGGCACCACAAUCAUUAACGGAUUGUACUAUAUUCGAGGAAACAAAGCCGAGUACGAUGCCUGGGAACGGCUCGGCAACCCAGGAUGGAACUGGGACACGCUGCUCCCGUACUUCAUCCGCUCGGAGCAGUUCGCCAUCCCUACUGAGGCCCAGCGCGAGGCCGGGAUGACUUAUGUCGCGCAGUAUCAUGGGGAGAACGGUCCGCUCAACACCGGGCACCCGUUCCAAGUGGAAAAAGGCACCUUUUAUGACUCGGCUCGAGAGACUUGCGAGAAGCUGGGCUUCAGCCUGAAUCUAGAUGUGAAUGGCGGGAAGAACCGCGGGUUCGGCGCAUAUCCGAAAACCAUGGAUCGAGAUGCAAACGUCCGUGAGAGCGCUGCCCGCGCCUACUAUGAGCCAAUUGACGACAGACGGAACCUCAAGGUCAUCCAAGGGGCUGUGAAGAGGAUCAUCUUUUCAAAAGCCGGCGGCGGCAAGGCCGUUGCCACUGGACUCGAGUACACGGACGAUAAAGGUCAUUUGGCGUCCGUGACGGCUACAAAGGAGGUCAUCAUUUCCACUGGAACAUAUGUCUCACCACUCAUCCUUGAGGCCUCGGGAAUCGGGAAUCUUAGCAUUCUGGCCCGCAAUGGCAUCCCGACUAAAGUUGAGCUUCCGGCGGUUGGCGAGGCGCUUCAGGACCAACCUCUUUGGGUGCUCAUGUUCCAAGCCACCCCGGGGCUCGUCGGCCAAGUCCCUUUUGCAGCCUUUGCCACGGCCCAAGACGUAUUCAAGGCUGCCACCGAUACCGUCGACGCGGCUACCAAAGAAAAUCUCGCGUCUUGGUCGGAGAUGAUCGCAAAGAGGCUCAAUGGGGGCGUGUCGGCCGAGGCACUGAAGCAAAGGUUCGAGAUCCAGCAUGACGUGAUCUUCGGUAAGAAGUCGAGCGUGGUGGAAUAUGAAUUCUUCGCCUUGGGCAACGUCGUCGGCAUCGUGUUCUCGCCCACGUUGCCGUUUUCUUGGGGAAGUGCUCACCUCAAUGCCGCCGGGGAGAUUGACAACCCAGCUGUAGAUCCCAACUUUCUAUCCAUUAAUUAUGACAGGCAAGUCGCCCUGGAAGUCGGCCGUAUAGCACGAAAGAUAUGGUCCACCAAGCCGUUGAGCGACCUUGUCGGUGAUCUCAUUGUCCCUGGAGACGCAGUGCUGCCAGAGAACGCGACAGAUGCGCAAUGGGCAGAGUUUCUAACCAACUCCUGUGUGCCGGCAUCUCACACCAUUGGGACGUGUGCCAUGCUGCCUCGAGAGUUGGGAGGUGUGGUUGACCCAACACUCAAGGUCUAUGGGACAGCAAAUGUGCGGGUUGUGGAUGCUUCAGUCAUACCACACCUUGUGAGCGGCCACACCAGCGCUGCAGUGUACGCAUUGGCGGAGAAGGCAGCCGACCUAAUCAAGGCGAGCCUUGCUGUAGAGAGUUAA